AUGGGCAAUGAGGCGUAUGGGGUCCAAGGAGUGAAGCAGGAGCAGGGCCAGGCUGGGUAUGAGUCCUUUGGGUUCCAGGGCGCCAAGCAGGAAUCUGCGGCUGGCCAGGUGCAGCCGUGGGAAUCGCAGCAACAGCAGCAGCAGGCCGAUCAGCGCAUGGGCGUGGAUGGCUCGGGAUUGCCUGGCAGCUUUGCUGAGCUGGGUGCUGCGGCUGCUGCUCCGGCAAGGAGGAAGAGGAACAGGUGGGGUCCGGUGGAGGCCGAAGCAGCGCCAUGCAUGGAAGGCGGGGAUGGCACAGGCAAGACGAAGAAGCGGAGGAGUCGGUGGGAGACGAACGAUGCGGAUGCAGGGGCAGGGGCCCUGACAGUGGUGCCGAAGUUUCCAAAGGAGCUCACUCUCCCUGGUGGGAUCAGGGUGACCCUGCCACCUCACCUGACUGGUGAGCCUCUUCACACAGAUCCUGAGCUCAAGGAAUUGCAUGAGAACUUGGCAGAUGUGAGCCGCAAGAUCGCGAACAACGAACUGGACUUGCCUCCGGAGCAUGAACGGUCUCCCUCUCCAGAGCCCAUCUACGACAAGAUCGGUAUCCGAUUGAACACACGGGAGGUUCGUUACAGGGAAAGGCUGUUAGCGAGAAAGAACGAGUUGAUUGAGGAACUCAUAAGGAAGGACAGCAAUUACAAGGCGCCUGCAGACUACAAACCACAGAAGAAAUCAAGGAAGAUCUACAUUCCUCAGAAGGACUUCCCUGGGUAUAAUUUCAUAGGGCUGAUUAUUGGCCCGCGAGGGAACACACAAAAGAGGAUGCAGAAAGAGACAAACACAAAGAUUGCAAUUCGUGGCAGGGGCUCAGUGAAGGAAGGGGCAGCCAGGGAUCCAAAGUAUGAUUAUGGCGAAGAUGAGGAGCUCCAUGUUUUGAUAACAGGAGACAAGCAGGAAGAAGUCGAUGAAGCAGCAAGCAUGAUUGAGAAACUGCUGCAGCCUGUGGAUGAGGAGCGCAACGAGCACAAGCGAAUGCAGCUCAGGGAAUUAGCUGCUCUGAAUGGCACGCUGAAGGAUGACCAGACUUGCUACUUGUGUGGCGACUCAGGCCAUCGGUCUUAUGAGUGUCCAAAGAAAGCAAUGGACCUUUACAAGCUGCCAACCCACAUCCAAGAAAAGGUGGACGAGCAGUACCAGAAGGAUGUUGCUCGUGUAAGGCCUGAGGAGGCCGGCAAGCUGGACAACGAAUACAAGUCAUUCCUGAUGGAGUUGGGUGGGGGCCCAGUAGUGGACCCCAUGGGCGGUGGCCCCUGGCAGCCGCUUGGCAGCACUGGCAUGGAGGACAAUGGGGCUGCAGCAAGAAUGAAGCGACCUGGCGAUGACAUGCCGGACGACUGUAAGCUGUAUGUUGGGAAUUUGUCGCUGAAUUUCAGCGAUGGGAUGCUCAGGCAGCUGUUUCAGCCUUUUGGGGACAUCAUGCAUGCGACGGUGCUGAUGGACUUGCAGAAGGGGGCCAGCAGAGGCUACGGCUUUGUUCACUUUACAAACAAUGCUGACUCCAGGCGUGCUGCAGAUGAGAUGAACGGCAAAGUAGUGGAUGGACGCCCUCUUGUUGUGCGGCUGCGAUCUGAGGGUCCACCCACCCAGAAGCCAAAGUAUGGGACACAGGAGCUGGACGAUUGCAAGCUGUAUGUGGCCCACCUACCCCUCUCAAUCAACGAAGCCACCCUCCGGAAACUGUUUGAGCCUUACGGGCAGGUCGGGGAGGUAAAGCUCAUCACUGACCGUGUGACGGGUCAGGCGAAGGGCUAUGGCUUUGUCAACAUGGCUUCACCACAGGCAGCCCAGGGUGCCAUUCAAGGCCUCAAUGGAUAUCGGUUGGAGGGAAAGAUGCUGACUGUCCGAAUUGCAGGCCAGAGGCCAGCUCAAGGCCCUGGCACAGUGGCCACUUCUGCCAACGCCACAGUUUUGGCACCCCGGCCACUGGUUCCCAUUCCAGGUGCACCACCAAUAGGGUACUCGCUUGGACAACCCGGCCCGCCUAGACUGCCCCCGGUGCCUAUGGCUUACCCACGUCCCCCAGUGAUUCCAAUGGUGGGUUCGGCCCCAAGACCCCAGCCGAUGGUGCCGGUGGGACAUAUCCCGCAAGUACCGCUUGGCGGAAUGGUCGCACCACAGCCUGGCAUGGCCCCAGCUUACCCUCCUCAGCAAGUGGCACAGGGGCAUUACCCUCCACCACCAGCCCAGGUUCCUCCUCACGGGUACAUGGUGCCUCAGCAGUACAGCCAGCCAAUGUACAGUGCUCCACAUCCCAUGCCUCACGCAGGGAGGGAGCAGCCACCGCUGCCGCCAAGCGCCCCUCCACCAAGCGUGCCCCCUCCGCCAGCAGGUCAAGUACAGAGCGAGUAUGAGCGGUUCAUGCAGGAGAUGCAGGGGGGGCUGCCAUCCUGA